UCUGCUUAUAUUAACUCGCUAUUGCUUUUGCAGAAUGUAAAGAUGGAUUCAAUGAAAGCUGAAAAUGUUGGGGUUCUCUUCGAAACGUUUAUGUUUUCAGUCCUUUGGUUUGUAUUAUUUACUCGACAGAGCACUUUUAGGAAUACCAUGUUGAAGCCUGAAAGAUUUUGUUCCAGUUUUUUACAUACGAAUAAAUUCUGUGCUAAAUGUUGCUCACAUGGCAAUCUUAAUUCAUGUGUACAAAUCAGCUGGGUUGUAUUUUGCCGGUGAAGUUCUCAUAAUUUGUGCAAUUACCAGAAUCACUACCAAAUUGCGAAAUUCUUUUUCAUCAUUUUGACGCCCUUGAGAAGUUCAGUUAUGGAGGCCUUGCAUUAUAUGAAAAGAAACAACAACCAGAAGUAGCGGAUACUGAUAUUCAAUUCGGCUAAGGAUUCAUGGUGUUCACGAGCUGCUUUAAAUUUUCUUUGAGCUGAUACUUAACUCCAUUACUUUUCAGGGGUUGCAACUAGCUAUGGAAACAGGGAUUUUCGUGAAUUCAGGGAAAGUAGGUUUGAGGACUGAUCCUUAUGCUGUCCAACUAUCGAAGGACCAAGGUUCUUGUGUGAAAAAAUCACCAGACAAUGCCUACACUAGGGAGAAGAUACUGAGAAUGGAGAAGGCUAUUCUGAAUAUGCUUCAGUGGAACAUUACCAUUCCUACACCAUAUGUCUUCUUUCUGCAAUUUGCAGCCGCAGUGACUUCCUCUGAUUCCAAGAAUGAUAAGGAGAUUGGCGUUUUCAAAGCCAUCCAUGGUUGAUGUUGCUGAUGCCUACGGCUCUACGCAGCUAGGCUCAUGCUCAUCCCAAGAAGACUCCUAUAUGGACUGACACCCUCAGGCAUCACACUGGCUUUACUUAAUGUACUCAUGCACACUAAAUCACACAGCUAAUAUAAAGCAUGCGCACUACUGAUUUACAUAAACCUCUCUCUGCUUAAAUUUAGUGUCCAGGGAAUUUUCAGGGAUGCGCACACUCUGACUGCCCUGGCCCUGAGAGAAAUCGGUGGUGUAUAAGAAGUAUUCUAGCUACAAGUGGGAAGAGUCCAUGCUUGCAUCUGCUACCAAAUUACAAAUAAAUAGGGAUUUCUAGGAAGCGUUUGCUUUAAAGUGCAAUUAAAGGCAUGUCUGGCAUUUGAUUUGUUUUGUCAGUUACAUAGGUAUACAAGAAGGCAUGAUACUGCUCGGUUUCUAUGAUCUCAGUUCGUUCUAAGAACAUGCGAUUUAUCUUUAUUACUUUGCAGUUC